AAGAGGGCGGGGCCUCGGUCGAGCGAUCGGCGCUCUUCCAGGCCCUCCGACAUGACCAGAUGAGCCGUGAGUGAUCGAUUCUCCCUUCGACAUCUACCUACCGAGAGGAGAACCCGGAGUGCGCUCAGACCCAACCGAACAAGCCUUCGGCAGCUCCGGGGCGAAUCAACCCCGUCCAAAAAGAACACGGGUGGUGACGUGACCCUAUGGCCAAGGACAGCGAGGAUCCUGGGGACCCCCCAGCCAGCACCGAUGCCCUCUGGGGGGCCCUCAGGGCCCUCCUGCCCCACACUGAGGAGGAGCUGAGCUUAGAGCUGGGUGAGCAGGUGGACGUUAGUGUGGCAGCGCUCCUGCGGCAGGCUGCAGGGCUGCUCUACGCAGGCCAGCGGGACGCGUGUCUGCAGGCCAGCGAGGCCGUCCUGGACUACGCCUGGGAGAAGCUCAACACUGGGCCGUGGCAGGACGUGGACAAGGCCUGGCGGCAGGUCUAUGCCUUCGGCUCCCUCUUCAAGGCCCUGUGCCUGUGCCAGGAGCCCAGAGAGGCCAGCGCCGUGGCCACAGCCCUGCACGUGUGUGACAUGGGCCUGCUGAUGGGGGCAGCCAUCCUGGGGGACAUCCUCAUCAAAGUGGUAGCCAUCCUCCAGGCCCACCUACCAGCUGGAAAGCGACCCACCCACAGCCUGCGCCAGGACCAGCCCAGCACAAAGAAAGCAAGGAGCAGCCCGGUUCCAGCGGUGCCCUCAGAGAGGACUGUGCCCCGUCUCCAUCUCCCGGCCCUCCAGCACUUCCGGACCCACUUCCUGCUGCCCGGAAGGCCCGUGAUCUUGGAGGGCGUGGCUGACCACUGGCCCUGCAUGAAGAAGUGGAGCCUGCAGUACAUCCGGGAGGUGGCCGGCCCCCGCACCGUGCCAGUGGAGCUGGGCUCACGGUACACGGACGAGGACUGGUCGCAGACCCUCAUGACCGUGGACGACUUCAUCUCCACGUACGUGGAGCGCGAGACAAAAGACAUCGGCUACCUCGCUCAGCACCAGCUCUUUGAGCAGGUCCCAGAGCUGAAGCGGGACAUCGGCAUCCCAGACUACUGCUGCCUGGGCGAUGGAGAGGAGGAUGAGAUCACCAUCAAUGCCUGGUUUGGCCCCCAGGGAACUGUGUCCCCUCUUCAUCAGGAUCCCCAGCAGAACUUCCUCACACAGGUGAUGGGCAGGAAGUACAUCCGGCUGUAUUCCCCCCAGGAGUCGGAGGCGCUAUACCCCCAUGAGACACACCUCCUUCACAACACCAGCCAGGUCGACGUGGAGAACCCGGACCUGGAGCGGUUCCCCAAGUUUGCCGAGGCCCCCUUCCUGUCCUGCAUCCUGUCUCCUGGGGAGACGCUCUUCAUCCCCGCCAAACACUGGCACUACGUGCGUGCUCUUGACCUGAGCUUCUCCAUCAGCUUCUGGUGGUCAUAGCCAGGCACGCCACCAGCUGAGCCGGCAGGGUGAAGCCCGUGCCCUGGGGCAGCCCCAGCUCUGGGGGGCACGGCAGACACAUGGAAGGGUGUGCAAUCAGGAGGCCCCAGGCUGCCAGCUCAAGCACUGAUAGCCAAGGCCUGGCAACAGCUGGGCACCACUAGGUUCUAACAGCCACAUGGCACGUGCCAGGGAGCCUGGUGCCCACCAGAGUCCAGGCGUGGCUGCUGGGUACAAGGUCACGGGAAGCCUAGACAUUGUACUUACUUUAAUAUUUCUUGCUGUAUUUCUGUGUUGAAUUUCAAUAAUGUAAUUAAACAGGAAGGAUGUGAUUUGAA